UUCCGUUUUUGGCAACAAUCUUUAAUAUUUCUCAAUAAACAAAACCCUAAAAUCUAUACAUACUAAAUUUUUUUUAUAAAACUAACUCUUUGCUUUGGUUUAAGCAGUAAUUAUUUUCAAGCUUUAUUAACUUUAUUUUACUACUAGUUAGAUGCUAGUUUACUACUGGUUGGCUGCUGUGAAAAAAUUGUAUUCAAUGUCGUGAACUUGAAAAUAACUACUUUUAACUGCAUUAAGAAACAUGGACAUUGAAAGAAAUCAUGAAAGAAAUGACAAUUUUCAUCCUGUUUUGAUUCUGAGUGAGGAUGAAGAGAAGAUAGCUCUUAUGAAAGCUGCCUUGAAGGCUUACACUGAUGAAUAUGAACGUCUUUUACUUUCUAUGCAGAGAAGACUCAUAGCUGGUAAAAAGAACAUUGAUAUCUGUUGUCAAGAAUCAAAUGAAAUUGAACUACUACUUAAUGCAUUAGAGAAUAAAGUAAUUGAAGCACAACUUUUGGCUCAAGAUUCCGAGACUGAGGCCCUCCAAACCAUUAAAGAUAAUCGUAUGAUCAAAAGAAAAAUUAUUGCUUUGAAGAAUGAUAUUGAAGAACAAGAAAAAUUACUGAAAAGAGCAAAUGAAACUAUGCAAACGGUGAAGAUGACAGCUCUUAACAAAAAGAUAAAAGUGCUUAAUGACGUCACAUAAUGUUUUUGUUUUCUAACUUCACUUAAUUUUGAAAAAAUAUGUGAUCUUUAAAAUAUGAGUUUCUACCAUUUUACUUGAUUGCACUUUCAAUCUGUUAUGUUUUUCACUAAAUUUAUAAAUUAUAUUUCUAGUAA